AACAGGCAUACACACACAACUCACACAAAAACGAGUAUGGAGCGGGUUUUUGUGCACGGGUUUUUGAGAUUGCGUGCCGCUAUACUAUGCGCACUUCUAUAAACUGAAACUUACUCAAUGCCGGUGUAUUACUAUGUAGGACCCACUGUUACUUAUCGUAGUAGAAGAUUAUUACAAUUAGACCGAUAUUCAUAGAGAUUACCAUGGAAAAUCUAUAUCUUUUGUUCUUUAUCAUAGCGGAAGAUUAGAGCGAGAUUUAGAACGAAAUAAUUCAUUUCUGCUUUCUUACUUUACCGGUUUCUCACUUGUUAUUCUACAGAAUAUCUAGGAAAUAUGAGAAAUAUGAAUACAUUUCUUACAUUACUAGGUUUUUUUGUUUGGCAUUGUCAACAAUGCUUAGACAUUUCGAUGAAUCUCUGAUUUCCCACUUGGACGGUAACAUAUAUAUACUCUCAAAUAUUCCCGCCCUUUCUACCUUAUCGACAUAACGAUGCGGUCAGUCGUCAUGGUUACCAAUUGCAAACACAGGACUGAUACUGUCUCAAUAAUCCUUUUAUUUUAAGAUAAAUAUAUCAUAUUUUAAACAACGAUGGAUUGGGCUACAGAUUUAGAAAUUACAUCGAAGAAGCUUAUACCUAGACUCGGCAGAAGAGCAGGUCAAAAUUUUAUCCAAGAAGACUCAAAAUCAGACGACGAUUUGUUAAAUAGUCCAAUGCCUUUUUCUUCAGGAUACCCGACGCAACCACCUGUGGCGCCACCUCGUGCCAGAAAAACUGGUUGGGGUGACGAUUUGAAAGGCAGCAAGACAAAAGCAUCUUCUAAUAUCAUCGAACAAUUAUUCCUUAGGGAUCGAUUUCGAUCUACGGAAAAAGAGACUCCACCAGAUGAUAUCCCUGUGAUUCCGGAUUUAGAUGAGAUCCAAGAAGACAAUGUUGUCUCCGAUUUAUCAAGCGCACCUAUUAGGAUUGACACAAACAGAGUCACGGCUUAUAAAGAAUUAGACACGGAUUUAAUUAAAAACGAAGCAUUUACGUCAUUGGAUGGUAUUAGUCUAUUUUCUCUUACCGAAAAAUUGUAUAACGAAAAUUUAGUUAAGGAAGCUGACGAAGCUUGGAAUUGGAAUCUACUGUUCACCCAAGUUGCAUCUGAAAUAAACAACGAGGCACAGAAAACAUGAAAUGUUUAAGAACAUAUUUACGUAUGCAUAUGUAUAUAAAUAUAAUUGUAUCAGUUAUUUUUUAUACUUGAAAUGUAAUAAAAAUUAU